ACUUCUCUCGUCCCUCAUAUAUCGCUGACGAAUCGCCGCUUUCCACCGGAUGGAACCCCAAGGAACCAUCGUCUUCAGCACCGUCGGAUUGCUUUACUAUGGCUUCGACGUUUUCUCCACUCCUCUCCCCGCCAACCUCGACGCCGCCGUCAACAAAGUAACGGAGCGCCGCCACACCGAUGGCGUCUCCGUCAACUUUAACGCCCAAUUCGUGGACGAAGGCCCGACCGUCGCGUUCGUGUCCGAGCGAACCGGUUCGCCCCGGCUUUACGUGGCCCAGUCGCCAGACCACAAACCCAAACCGCUCCCGAAUAUUCCGGAAAGCCUGCACCACGACCGCCCAACCGUUAAGAACGGCCUGGUCUACUUCGUCUCGGCCCACGAACCGCCCUCCGAGCCUUUCAAGAGCUGGUCCGCGGUCUACGCGGCCCGGCUCGAUACUAACGAGACCGUCCGGCUCACCCCGCCCGGCGUCGUCGACUUCAGCCCGGCGGUGUCCCGGUCGGGGGAGUUCGUCGCCGUCGCGUCGUACGGGUCUCGGCUGUGGAAAGGGGACUUCCACGAGCUCGCCACCGAGAUCGUCGUGUUCCGGGCCUCCGAUCCCUCCCGCCGCGCCGUGCUCUGUAGCCAUGGAGGAUGGCCGGUGUGGUCCGGCGACUCGACCGUGUUCUUCCACCGCAAGGCCGAGGACGGCUGGUGGAGCAUCUUCCGGUCCGAUCUGACUGCCGAUCUGGAGAAUUCACGCGGCCCCGACGCCGCCCGACGGAUCACUCCGCCGGGGCUCCACUGCUUCACGCCGGCGGCGUCGCACGAUGGAAAGCGAAUAGCGGUCGCCACGCGAAGAAAGGGCACUGAUUUCCGCCACAUCGAGAUUUUCGAUCUCGAAUCGGAUCGCUUUUACCCGAUCACAGAGCUUCUAAAUCCUAAUUUCCAUCACUAUAACCCCUUCUUCUCGCCGGACUCGGUUUAUCUUGGUUACCACCGAUUCCGAGGAGAAUCGGCCCAGGGGGACUCCAUCAUCCCCAAUCUCCAUCCGGUGAAGUCCCCGGUAAGAGGAAUUAGGAUGUUCCGCCUCCACACGACCUUCCCGUCCUUCUCCCCCGACGAAAAUUUUAUCGCCACCAACGGCGAUUUCCUCAACACCCCUGGGCUGAUGGUCCUGAAAUCCGACGGCUCCAAGCGGUGGACUCUUUUGAAGGAAUCGGGGGCGUUCUACACGGCGUGGAGCCCUACCGAGAAGGGGGUGAUCUACACUUCCAUCGGCCCUAUCUUCGAGUCCAGCAAAGCGACGGUCCAGAUCGCCCGGAUCUCCUUCGAUCCCAACGACCUAACCGACGAUCGGGAGGAGGUCCCGGUGGCGGUGAAGAUACUCACCCGAUCGGACGCCGGCAACAACGCCUUCCCGGCGUGCUCGCCAGACGGGAAGUCGCUGGUCUUUCGGUCGGGGCGGUCCGGCCAGAAGAACCUCUACAUCCUCGACGCCGUCAACGGCGAAUCCGACGGCGGUGAGGGGAUCCGGCAGCUGACUGAAGGGAAGUGGACGGAUACGAUGCCCACCUGGUCACCGGACGGCGAGCUGAUAGCCUUCUCCUCCAACCGCCACGCCCCCUCCAACCCGGACGUCUUCAGCAUCUACCUCAUCCGCCCGGACGGCACGGGCUUGCGUCGGGUUCACGUGGCUGGGCCCGCGGGGUCCUCCUACGUGGACAGGGAGAGGAUCAACCACGUGUGCUUCAGUCCGGACUCGAAGUGGCUCCUCUUCACGGCCAAUCUCGGAAGCGUGACUUCCGAGCCGGUCUCGUGGCCAAACCAAUUUCAACCCUACGGAGACCUGUAUGUCUGCCGGCUCGACGGGACUGGACUCAGGAGGCUGACGUGUGGCUCGUACGAGAACGGGACACCGGCGUGGAGCUCGCGUGGUGGGCCCGACGACCUUGGGUCUCUUUCCCUUCGGUCUCCCACCGGAGACAAGCUCCGAGGCCAGUUUGAUGAGCCUCUCUGGAUAACUUGUGACAUAUAAGUGAUUACUCUUCUCUACCUACUUUGUAUCUGGACUGUUCAUCACUGUGCUGCUGUAGCUGAUGUUGGAAAGUUGGAUUAAAGCAAAGUUAUGAUGUUGGCAUGUUGGAAUAAAGAAGAGUUAAUGUCCGCCUUAUCAAAAAAAAAAAAAGUUA